CUUGAGCUAGGUCAGUCGUCGUGAUGGCUAUGCGUGCAUCCCGCUGACCGAGCGAACAGAUCGUGCAGUCUGCCUCUGCCAGCAAAGAUGGGCUAGCACGUCUCAGAGCCUGCCUGCAAGCUCCGCAGCAAGACAGCCAGGCAAUACACCGAGACUGCCACGAUCGAUGGUCGCACCGGCCACGAAACCAGCAGGGCUCUCGGCCAUACCGCCGCAGAACAUCGGAUCUGGCCUGACCACAGAGGACGCUGCGAGACUGCUUCGCUCACAGCCGAAGCACUAUGUCGUCGCUCGUCUCUACGCUCGCAACUACCUGCUGACCGAAGGCGAUCAGCUUACCGUACCACUCUUGCGAAUCAAGCCACCUCAAAUCGCGUACAAGCCUCAGCCGAGCCAGCCUCAGGGCGGUGUCGUUCCUGUGGGCAAGAAAAUCAGGCUACAUGGCAUCGUCGAAGUAGGCUCGAGGGACUAUACGCUGCGUGCCCCAGAGGUCCUACCGUCAUCAGCCGACGGCACACAAAUCAUGCCUUUUGUCGCGCGACGGACCGCAAGCGGCACACUUGACCCCCAGCGGGUCUACGUCGAAGCCAUCGUGACGGAGCACACGAAGAGCAAGAUGGAGACUCUGCUCAAGAAGAAGAGAAGGAAGAACUACCAGCGCACGAUCAAGUCGAAACAUGAUUGGACGAGAUUGCGCAUCACGAAGAUCGAGGUGACAAUGCCAGGCGGUGCCAUUGCACAGCGGUCUGUGUAGUCAGGCUUCGCUCUUGUUGUAUGCCC